AUGGCUCAUAAAAUAUUAUCUAGCCAAAAUAUAAUGGACUUGUUAGACGGUGAAGAAUCGGAACUAGAUUUUUCUUAUGAUGAAGAUGAAUUCCCAAAUGACGAACUAGACGAACUUUUACAAGAAUUUAAUAAAUGGAUACAACAACCAUUUAAUCCUCCUAAUAUUGAGUUAGAUGAUCUUGAUAUUACUGAUCCAGUUAUUUUUUUACGUAAUCCGAUCGAUUAUUUUAUGCACUAUUUUAAUGAUGAUUUUUUUGAAACUCUUGCAUUCAAUACUAAUUUGUACGCUAUUCAAAAAAAUUUAACCAAUUUUAAAGCAACAAAUCAACAAGAAAUACGAGUGCUAAUUGCAAUACAUUUAAUUAUGGGUUGUCUUAAAUUUCCUAGAGUUAGGAUGUAUUGGGAAGAAAAUUUUAAAGUACCAAGUGUUUUCAAUUCUAUGUCAAGGGACCGUUUUUUUCAACUCAGACAAAAUUUACAUAUAAUUAAUAAUUUAGACAUUCCAAAUAACAAUCAUGAUAAAUUUGUUAAAAUUCGUCCACUGUACGAUCUAAUAAAAAAAAAAUGUAAUGAAUUACCAAAAGAAAGAAAUAUCUGCAUAGACGAACAAACGGUACCUUUUAAAGGUAAAUUAUCUGUUAAACAAUAUAUGCGCGGUAAGCCAUGCCCAUGGGGUGUUAAAAUAUUUGUUUUAGCUUCAGAAAAUGGAUUGAUUUACGAUUUUAUAUUGUAUCAAGGAAGUUCUACCGAAUUAAUUCAAGAUAAUUUAAAUUUAUUUGGUCUUGGAGCAUCAGUUGUCUUGCAUCUCGUGCACACUGUAAAAAAAAAUUCGCAUUUUUUAUUUUUCGACAAUUUUUUCUCCACAUACAAUUUAUUUGAGCAGCUCUACAAUCUUGGUAUUUAUGCGGCUGGAACAAUAAGACCAAAUCGUUUCGCUAAACCUCCUUUAUUACUUGAUAAACAAAUGGCAAAACUGGGUAGAGGGGCCACGUUUGAAAUAAGAUCUGACGUUAACAAUUUAUUUAGUAUAGGCUUAGUAAAAUGGUAUGACAAUAAGGCCGUUACUUUAGGUUCAAAUUUCAUUACAUCAGGAACAAUUGAUACAGUACAAAGAUAUGAUAAAAAAAAAAAGAAUAUAUCACUGUAGAAAGACCGGAGAU